AUGUACAUGAGACAUCCACAGGAGACACGUACAGGAGACAUCCACGGGAGACAUGUACAGGAGACAUCCACAGGAGACAUCUACAGAAGACAUGUACAGGAGACAUCUACAGGAGACAUCCACAGGAGGCAUCCACUUGAGGCAUCAACAGGAGACAUCCACAGGAGACAUCCACAGGAGACAUGUACAGGAGACAUCCACAGGAGGCAUCCACUGGAGGCAUCAACAGGAGACAUCCACAGGAGGCAUCUAACAGGAGACAUCCACAGGAGGCAUCUACAUGACUCAUCGCUCACGCGGGAGGACAGCACAUCCACAGUAGACAUCCACAGUAGACAUCCACAGGAGACAUCUACAGGACUAGUGGAAACAGGAGACAUCCACAGUAGACAUCCACAGGAGACAUGUACAGGAGCCAUCCACAGGAGACAUGUACAGGGGACAUGUACAGGAGACAUCCACAGGAGACACGUACAGGAGACAUCCACGGGAGACAUGUACAGGAGACAUCCACAGGAGACAUCUACAGAAGACAUGUACAGGAGACAUCUACAGGAGACAUCCACAGGAGGCAUCCACUUGAGGCAUCAACAGGAGACAUCCACAGGAGACAUCCACAGGAGACAUCCACAGGAGACAUGUACAGGAGACAUCCACAGGAGGCAUCCACUGGAGGCAUCAACAGGAGACAUCCACAGGAGGCAUCUACAGGAGGCAUCUAACAGGAGACAUCCACAGGAGGCAUCUACAUGA